CUGGCAAAACCGUAGAUGCUCAUUUCAUCCCCAUGUCCAUGCGUGCAAGGAUCAAUAACCAGGGGACGAAGCCUUCGAGGGUUUCACAGUAGAUAAACAAAUUCCACAUUUCAGGACGGCGUUCGCCAAGUCACCGUCGUGCCAAAGUGAGCCCGGUUUUAUCGCGAUUCCGUUUCCCCGUGGCUAGUUUCGACAGGAUUCGCUGUUACACACAGAAAAAAGGAUCCGCGACGCGUGUCAAGCAGCCACGACUUGACAGAGGCGCACACGCGUGUUGUAGUCACACACUCGGUACAGUCACGAGCGACGAUGCGGCCGUUGGACGAGAAGGAGACGCAGGCGGUGUUCGAGAAGCUGCACAAGUUCAUCGGCAGCAACAUCAAACACCUCAUCGAACGCAAAGCGCCGGAGGGGCCGGGCGGCGCCACGGGGGGGUACUGCCUUAGACUGCAGAAGCAACGCGUGUACUAUGUCAGCGAGGCCAUCAUGCGGCGUGCUACCAGUGUGUCUAGGGACCACCUGGCGUCACUAGGCACGUGCAUCGGCAAGUUCACCAAGUCGGGCAGCUUCCGACUCACUGUCACGGCUCUUGACCUGCUGGCGGCGUACGCCAAGUGCAAGGUGUGGGUGAAGCCAGCAGCGGAGAUGUCCUUUCUCUACGGCAACCACGUGCUCAAGAGCGGGCUGGGGAGAAUAACAGAGAGCACGCAGCAGAACCAGGGCGUGGUGGUGCUGUCCAUGUCGGAUGUGCCGCUGGGGUUUGGAGUGGCGGCCAAGUCCACCCAGGAGUGCAGACGGCUAGACCCCAACGCCAUUGUGGUGUUUCACCAGGCCGAUACAGGAGAGUAUCUGCGCAUGGAGGACGAAAUAUGACCUGCGGUCCGCACACAAUUUUUGAGGUGCCUCAAAAAGAGUACCUCUUCGCAUGGAAGACGACAUAUGACCUGUGGUCCGCAGACAGAGUAGAAAGUUGGAAGCACAUGGACGUGGGGUGCGGGGCGCACGUGUGAGCUGGGACAAGGUUGUACUGUAUUGCAGUCACAUAUUGUAUUUUCAGAGAUGUGCUGUGCUGGGUUAUGUGCUGCGUUCUGCACUGCAAACAAGAAAUCCUGUAUGGGUCACAGCAGCAGAGCUCGCACCUCCUGCAGUUACUGCACCAUACCAAGCAUGCACUGCACGGAUUUAGGAUGAUCUAAGGGAGGGGAAGACAUGGCAUGGCAUGGCACCAUAAAAGAGUGCAGCGGCCAGCGAAAAAAAAGCUUUUAGGGGGUGGAGGUGGAGAUUUUUGUGCACCUUCUUUGCAAACAGCAGGUGCAAAAUAUAGCUACAGUACUUGU